AUGUUCCCCCUUGUUGAGGCAGCUUUCUUGGAAGAAGGUGAGUAUUUUCAUAGCCCCAUGGUGCUGAGUUGUUACAGGAGAGAUUCUCAGAAGAGACCUUUUAGGUUCUUCAAUAUGUGGACAAAGUCUGAUAAGUUUCUCCCCCUAGUUAGGUUAAACCGAGGGAAAGCAGUUGAAGGGUGUCACAUGUUCAGAGUAAUUCAAAGACUCAAAUGGAUUAAAUUUGACCUGAAAAAUCUCAAUAAAGAGGGGUUUAACUCAGUUGAAGCAGAAGAUUUGAGGUUGUUUCAUGCUUUCACUGAAGCACAGACCAAGCUCCAUUCUAAUCCUCAUGAUAGUGAUCUAGCUACUGAAGAGAAACAAGCCAAUUUAGCUUACAAGAAUGCUCAUGCAGCUUACUUAUCUUAUCUCCAACAAAUAGCCAAAAUCAAUUGGUUGGAACAUGGUGAUGAGAACACUAGAGCUUUCCAUCAGAGCAUCAAGCAGAGAAGGAAACAUAACAAGAUUCAUUCUAUCUUUAUUAUGGAUGGUGAUUGGGUCCAAUCAGCUGAUGAAGUCCAGCAAGCCUUUAUUGGCUUUUACUCUAGCUUGUUUGGAGGCUCUAUACAACACAAAGCACCUGUUAAUACAAUCAUCAUGGACCAGGGAGUUAUACUUGUUGAGUCACAUAAGAGUAUUCUGGAGUGCCCUAUAACAAUGAAUGAUGUUAAAAAGGCUUUGUUUUCUAUACCAGACAACAAAGCUCCUGGUUAUGGAUGGCCUAUAGCCUAUUGUUCAGUUAUUUAUAAAUGUAUUUCCAAGAUCCUCUGUGAGAAAACUGGCAGUGUGCUCCCUGAUAUCAUCUCACAAAAUCAAGGUGCUUUUGUGAAGGGCAGAUCCAUCCUUCAUAAUGUCCUGAUAUGUCAAGACAUUGUGAAAAUGUAUAAAAAACACCAAAAAGGUCCUUGUUGUUUGAUGAAAUUGGACCUGAAAAAGGCAUAUGACACUGUUGAGUGGGGGUUCAUUGAAGAAUUAAUGGUUGACCUGGGGUUCCCUUCUCACUUUGUUGAACUGAUUAUGACAUGCUUGACCACCACUAGGUACUCCAUUCUCAUAAAUAGUGUUCCAAUUGAUCUGAUUCAACCAAGAAGGGGGCUCAGACAAGGAGACCCUCUGUCUCCUUUGCUCUUUACUCUAUGCAUGGAGUAUUUCUCCAGGGCAAUGAAACUGGUUGAUGACCUUCUGAUGUUCUGUAAAGGUGACAAGAAAACAGUUAAGCUCAUGCUCUCAGCUUUCAACCUUUUCUCCACUACUUUUAGCCUUCAGAUUAAUCCUUCCAAGUCCUCCAUCUAUUGUUGUGGGGGAACUGACAGUUUAAGGGAUGAACUUGUGGCUGUUUCUAGGUCUGGCAAAGGUGACUUGCCUUUUAGAUAUCUUCGGGUUCCCAUCAGCACUAAAAAGCUUAAUGCAAGUGACUGUGAACUUUUGGUGGAAAAAUGGUGGCCAAGGUCAAGGUGUGGAGUUCCAGACAUCUUUCCUUUGCUAACAGGGCUCAACUCAUCAAUUCUGUGUUAA